AUGUCUUCCCAAAACAACACCACCACCACCAACAACAACAAGGAGAAUGCUGCCCGUUGCCGCAGCUCCACAGCCCUCGCCUCUAUGGGCAACUUUGACAAUGAGCCUGUUGAUCGCAGCUCUGAGACCGUCCUGACUCGCAAGCAGAAGCGAGCGAACCGUCGAAGCACUCUUCGCCUCCAGUCAGAGGUCGCACCAUUCCUCGGAAUGGGCUUCAGUGACGAGGAGGAUGCGAAGGAUGAGACUCGGGUUGAGGCAAAGGAGGUGAAGCAAGCAAAGGAGAUGAAGGAGGACGAGUCGGAGAAGAAGGGCUACAAGGAUGAGGGUGAGGCCGAGAAGGAGAAGUAA